AUGUCCAGCAACGACAACUACUCUCAACAACAGACCACCAGGAAAAGAAACAGAAACAACUUGAACAUGCUGCUGUCUCCCUCAGAGAAUAAUAACAAUAGCACCACACACGACCAGGCUGCUGCCUCAGGUCAGAAUAUACUGGACGAAAUGCUCGCUAGGCAGACAAAUUUCCUGCAGGAUAACUUCAAAGACGGAUUGAACUUGAAUGACCCAAAUAUUAAGGCGUUUCAAGAGCUCACAACAACUACAACGGCUACUUCAUCCUCUUCUAAUAACAAUAACGUGAACAAUAAUAACGUGUUUGACGAUGAUGACGACGACGACGAGGAACAACAGGAUAACGAUAUUAUCUUCAUAAAGGAACAACCAAUACUCCCUUCUUCUCCUUCAAACUACACCGCUUCAAACAAGAAAUUCAAAAAGCAAAGAACAAUCUCCCUCCCACAACUACCGCUAUCCAAAUUGAUAUACGAUAACUCACAAUUGAGCCUCAUACAACCAAGAACCCAAAACUACGAUGAAUUGUUGCAUCUGACGGGAUCAUCGGCAAAGACUUUGAGUGGCAACAAGACAAUUCAAUUAAAUGUCGUGCAUUCCACAUCUCCAUUCUCAAAUAACUUGAAAAGUCCAGAAAUUUCACUAUAUUAUACUUCUUCCGCCUCAUCUGCAUCUUCUUCGCCAUAUUCACCUUCAUCUUCCAUAUCAAAUAACAAUAAAAAUGAUAAUUACAUCGAUACAUCAUCAUCCACCACCACCACCACCACCACAACAGCAACAAAUAAAAAGCAAAUAAACUCCAAGAUUGCAAAGACAAAACCAUUAAAGAAGAACAUAAUAUCAUCAUCCAUUAAAAAACUAACUGCAACAACUUCUCACCCAUCACCUCCUAAAAAACCAAGAUUGGGAGCCAAGAAGCAACAGCAACAACUACAACAGAAUAACUUCCAAACGGAUAAGGACGGUCAUUACAUAUACCAAGAAAAUGACAUCUUUGGAUCUCAUGGAAGAUUCAUCUCCAAGGAACUAUUGGGACAAGGGACUUUUGGUAAAGUACUCAAAUGCAUAGACACAGAAAAACCAGCUACUCACCCUUACGUCGCCAUCAAGAUAAUAAGAGCCGUCGAUAGAUAUCGUGAGGCUGCCAAGACGGAACUUCGUGUCCUACAAGAAAUUAUGCAGAAUGACCCACAGGGACAAUAUCAAUGUUUACUAUUGAAUGAAGCUUUUGAUUUUAAAAAUCAUAUCUGUCUGGUUACUGACCUGUAUGGGAAAUCACUUUACGAUUUCAUGUGUAAUAAUGGUAUUGCUAGAUUCCCCGGAUCUCACAUCCAAGCCAUAGCGAGGCAACUUAUAAGAUCUAUUUGCUAUCUACAUGAUUUGGGAAUCAUUCACACAGAUUUGAAACCUGAAAAUGUCUUACUUGUUGAUGAAACGUAUGUACAGAGAGACCUAUCCCCCACGAUAAAGGCAUCCCUAUCCAAGAGAAGAAGGGAAGCUAGUGGAGGUAAGAGGAAAAUACUAAGGAACCCGGAGAUUAAAAUCAUUGAUUUUGGAAGUGCCGUCUUCUACAAUGAAUACCAUCCACCUGUGAUCUCCACACGUCAUUAUAGAGCACCGGAGAUUGUACUUGGGUUAGGUUGGUCGUUCCCCUGUGAUGUUUGGUCCAUUGCUUGUGUCCUGGUGGAAUUGAUCAUUGGUGAAUCAUUAUACCCGAUCCAUGAAAAUUUAGAACAUAUGGCAAUGAUGCAAAGAAUUAAUGGGGAAUUGUUCCCAACUACAAUAAUCGAUAAAAUGUUUUAUAAAGUAUCGCAUAAGUUGGGUAAUUUACCAGUCGAUUUAAAUACCACUGUCGUGAAACAUUUCGAUAAAUCAACAUUAUCAUUAAUUUGGCCAGAAGUCGACAAUAGGGGGAACGUAAUCACAAAGGAAAAAUCUAUAAAGAGAGUCAUGGAAUCGUGUGAUCGAUUGGAUGUAUUCAUUUCUAAAUUCUUGAAAUUGGAUUACGGUGAAGCAAUUAAUAUCAAUUGGAAUUUAUCACCGGAACAAAAUUGGGAAUUGAUUAAUUCCAAAAAUUUAUUAUCUUCAUGGUCCAAUGGUAAUGGAAACCCAUCAACAAACAAAUUGACAAAGGAAACUUUCUUAUUUUGGUACUGGUUUAUUGAUUUACUAAGGAAAAUGUUCGAAUUUGAUCCAACAAAGAGAAUUACCGCAAGAGAGGCCUUGGAUCAUGAAUGGUUCAAUUUGGGGAUAUUAGAUGAGGGGAUAUCAUUAUUUGCAGACAGAAUCUAA